GAAGUUGGUCAUCGUACUGACUAUCUUGCUGCGCAGAUCCCAAAUGCAUGCGUUAUUCAUUAAGUUAUAUGUGCCUUCAUAAGGCCGACACUUUGGCUAUGAUAUGCACAAUAACCGCCCAUCCUAGGAUCUAUGUCAGCAUAGGUGGUCACAGAGAGUAUCGUGUGACCAGGUAGUCUUGAUUCCGGACGUAAUGGCUAACAGCCGUAAUUGACAGCUUUCACUGCCUGGUCGUAUCCGAUGAGCAUCCCUCCCGCGUUCACAUACAUCAGUAUCACAAGACUAGCCCGUAAUCAGAGUACAUUAUAUCGGACACUGUAGCUUACUAUGACCCGUUCCUACUCCUCCUCCCCUCUCUUCCACAGGGAUGAACUCUCGACGGCGAAACGCCAUUCCCUUCACUGCAAGACCGGCGACCAUCUCAGAGACACCGCACUACACUACUAUAUCACCGUCCAGCCCUCCAACUCGUCGUACGACUCUAUCAUAUCUCACACCUCUCUACGACUACGUCGAACCCGAGCCUUAUCAACAACGGGAUGUUUCUACGCGACGUAGCUCCGCUUCAUCACAUGCCAGCGACUUGCCAAGGACUCCAUCGAGCGGCCAAUACUCUCCCAUAACGACUCGACAACGAUCUUCUGGAAGUGAUCUUGGUUUCUCUCUCUCGGAGGCUGAAGUCAAUCCAGUGAUCGCAUUCCGCCAAUUGCUCGAAGUUCAUCGCGCACGUGUGCAUAAAUCCGAGAGACAACCAUUGGGCACACCUUCCCUGUCCGCGCGAUCUGCAUCGGUCAAUACCAGUCUUGCUGGUCGAAGACCGUUCACGAGGGUUCAUCGCGUGUUGCCUUCCUCUAUGACGGAUGUCACGAGCACGUUCGAAGUUGGUGCAAAUCGCAAUACAGUUGGACGCACUAGACGUACAUCGGAGACUCGUGGGGUAGACUCGGAUUGUUUCGAGGAAGAGGACUCGGAAGAUGAGCAGGAACCCCUCACAUUGUCGACCGGGACUUGGAGAAAACUGAAGACGAGGUUUGAGGGUGGCGGACUUAAGGAGUCCAAUCGCUUAAAGCAAGAGCUCGUUGCAAUGCAAGAAGACAUCUACCGGUGUGAAGAGGAGCUGCGAUCCCGAGAAGCAUCACUCAAGAUUAGAGAGGAGGCCGUGAAUCGCAAAGAGGAUGAACUCCGGCAAGCGCAAAGGACACUUGAUAUCAAGACAUCGAAGAUUCGCGACGGGAUGGAAGACUCGAUGGAGAAUGAUGAAGCACAAUGGACAAUUGACGACAUUCAUAGGAAACUCGUUGUGGCCAGAAACGGUUGCAGUACCCCAAUACUACGACAACGUCUAUUCAGCAUUUUACAAGGGUUGUGCGCAACCUAUGACAGAGUUCCCACCGGCAUGUUUGUGGAAGUGGAAUGCGACAAAGCUGUAGGUCCGGUUGCUUUGAAGCUUCUGCGUAUAUAUCAAAUCACAGAUGCAGCUGGGAGAGCCAAGCUGAAGAGGGCAUCAGUAAGGAUUUGCGAUUACAUCAAGCAAUGUCAAGAUAGAGGCGACGUCUUCGAGCCUUCCCAGAUUAACUCCUGGAUUUCUCAGAUUAUACUGGGCUUGGCAUCACUUCACCAUGAAGGAAUUAUACAUGGCGACCUACGAGCUGCGAAUAUUCUUCUGGACCCUGAUCUUCAUGUACGUGUUGCAGACUUCGGUCUAGCUCAACUCUCGGACGAUAUUGGAACACAAGCGACAACCCUUGAGCGCACACCAAACUGGCUUGCUCCUGAACUUCUGGACCCUACGAAGUUCGGUAUGACGUCAUGCAAACCCACCAAAGCAGGCGACGUAUUCGCAUUCGGUUGUGUGUGCGUAGAGUUGUACACUGGCCAGCCUCCAUUUGCAGGAUUGCCACUGUUCCAAGUGAUAACUCAUGUAACGAAUGGUGACAGACCUGAGAAGCCUUUAUGUUAUGGACGUCAAGCGAUGUCCGACAGUCUAUGGCAGCUAGUCUUAUGCUGCAUAUCUACGGACAGCAUAAAUCGACCAACGGCCGCAGAUGCCGCAGCCAGCCUGAAUGUCACGCUCUCACAAGCAGAAUCAUGAAUAGUCCCAUCGUCCCGGGCUCCCCAUGGGUUCUCGGCGUAUUGAGCGCCAUACACAUUGUGUAUUUCUUAUUUUCAAUCCAAGUUGCGAUCUACGCUGUCAAACAAUCAUCUUAUCUCAGAGGGAAGCGCAAGGUUUGUCCGAAAUCAAACAGGCUGGCGUUA